GACAAGGUAGCGAAGUCCAUUGUAAGCUAUAUACCAGAAUACCAAAGCCAUUUCAGGGACUUAAAAGAAGAGGGCUAUUGUAUCAUUGCGUAUGCACGCAAGUCUAAAGGUAAAAAAGAAGAGGAAAUUAGAUUACGCUUUUACCGAACA